CAGGUUUUCCAAUCUACGUGCUCCGUAGACAUCACAUAUUUUCCAUUUGAUACUCAAGAAUGCAAAUUAAAGUUUGUGGCUUGGAGUUAUUCAACGUAUGAGGUUUAUAUGGACAGUGGAGACAAAGGGAUAGAGUUGGAAGAGUAUGAAUCAAACUCAGAAUGGGACGUCAUUGACACAAGUUACUCGGUGAACUGGGAAUCCGCGGAGUCUUCUGUUGUAUUCAGCAUCAAAAUCAAAAGAAAACCACUUUAUGUCCUUCUCUCAGUGAUCAUGCCAAUAAUUAUGUUGGCAGUUUUGAACAUUUUUGUAUUUGUCCUACCUUGUGAUAGUGGCGAAAAGGCUAGUUAUUCCAUAACAGUCUUCUUAGCUUUUGCUGUAUUUCUGUCUAUAAUUUCUGCAACCUUUCCCGAAAAUUCCGAAGUGGUCGCUUUAUUUUCUAUCUAUCUUAUCAUCCAGACGCUACAGAGCACAGUAAUUACUCUCAUUGCCCUAGCUCUUACUCGAUAUGCUUCAUUCGAUGGUCUAGGAACACCUGUACCCCAUCAACUAAAAGCUUUUCUUAAUGUCAUCACCUGCAAAACCUGCUGCGCGAAAUACAUUCGUAAACAUCAGGUUACUGAUAUUGAAAUUAAUGCUGAAAAAGCUACAAAAAAGUCAAAUGGGAAGUUAGACAACAAAAGCUUUAUUCUCAAGGAAAAUGAGGAUCAAAUGCAGAAUAGUGAUCAUCCAUCUAGAUUUAAUACCUGGAAAGAAGUUGUUAACAAGCUUGACGUAAUAUUCUUUGUUUUCUUCACUUGUGUUCUCAUUGUCUCCACUCUUCUCUUCUUUAUUAUAUCUGUCACAAAAUAAGUUAAGAUUUUUGAAUACACUGUCUUCUUGGCCAUAUCUUAAACCUAAGGAUUCAAGUAUUUAAACAUAUUUUCUACUUUUUCAUAUCUGCAACAAAAUGAGUUAAGGUUUUAAUACAUAUUUUUAACUGUUUCAUAUCUUUGACAAAAUGAUUAAAAGUUUUUAAACUAAUGACUUAAUUAGCUCGACAUUCAAACACAGACAAAAAACGAAUAUCGAGCUGAAUGUUUUGCUGAAUGUCUAGCCAGCUUCACAUCCCAGCUCGAUAUUCAAAAAUAGACUAAAUUCGAAUGUUGAGUUGAAUGUUGUGCUGAAUGUCUAGCCAGCUUCACAUCCCAGCUCAACAUUCAAAAAUAGACAAAAAAAACGAAUGUCGAGUUGAAUGUUGUGCUGAAUGUCUAGCCAGUUUCCCAUAGCAGCUCAACAGUGAUAAGUCGAAUGUCGAGCUGAAUGUUUAAUGUCGAUCUCUGUGCCAACUUCAUGGACUUAAAUAGAUUUACAUUUGAACAAGUGCGUCUUUGAUGUUGUCAAAAUUAGAAUGGUAACAUUUAUACUGAAUACCAGUUUUAAUGAAAAUGAAAAGAGCUUAGCCUUUGUCAAGACGAUCAUUUUUUAAUAUACUUUUGGCGGAUGUUAUUAUCUUCCGCAUCAAUUAUGAUUAACGCAUGGUUUAGUAGUAUGCCGGUUGACAGCAAAAGACAGAAAAGCAAAAUGAAGAGUUCUCUUUGCCAUUAAACCCUAUUGCAUUAUUUCUUUACACAUGUAUAUAUCUUGUGAAUUGUUUUUCAGUUUUUGGCAAUGACGAUUACUUAUCUCUCACUUGUAUGAUUUCUUCUUGUGAUCAAAUAAAGAUAUUAUGUGGUAUGGAUU